UCGCUUUGACUUGUUUUUGCAUUUUAGCCCAACAUGGCUCAAGUUUUUUCCCUUUACAUCCACGGAGCGCUGGGGAAAUUAGAUAAAAGCGCACCCUGCCUUUGUUCGGGACAUCUUUUUAAAUAUUAACAAGUUGUCAUGUCAUAUCUGACUGGACGAGGAGAGCGUGGAGAACACUGGAGCUCAGAGGCCCAGCAUCGCUGUGACACACUCGGCUUCCCUGCCGGUGUUCGAGGCAGAGACCGUCCCGCUCCGGAGGGCGCCGGGGGCUGCGGGAGCGACCCGCACCGGAGUAUGUGCCAGAGAGCGGACGCCGUCCCCUCCUACAGGUCCCUCCCCGGGUCGGUGGGGGACCGCAUCAGGAGCACGAUGUGGUUCGGUGCCGGGACCAUGUGCCGAGGCUCCGUGUCCGCGGGACCCGGCAGGUCCGACGGGAAAGUUCGGUGUUGUGAGAAGUGCUCCGCGACCCUGGUUUCUCUGAAGAAACAAGCUCUGAGUCUGGCUGUUCACCAUCAAUUCUCCUGCAAGGACGCAAGUGACCUGUCAGCGUAUCUUUAUGACAGCCUUCGCGUACAUAGCCGCUCCACCGCUGAGUCUCGGGACAGAGAGAGGGAGCAGGGCCAGUGUUCAGCCUGUGGUACAAACCUGAACCAGCUCAAACAGGAGGCCAUCCACCUGGCUCUGAGCAGGGGUCAGUCAUUGGCUAAGCCUCCCUUUGAGCCCAGCCUCAGCACCGGCACGCUGCCGAGACAAAGUGAGACAAAGCACGGCGACAGAGCUCCGAGGGAACCUGAGAUGAAUGCGCAUCAACCAUACGGCCGGACCCACAGUCCUCACACUCCGCAGAGUCCCAGGACGCCUCAGAGGACCCCUCAAACCCUCAGACGGAGGGGGCCCAAACCCCCCCACUCUGAUAUGGACCGCUGGGUAGAGGAGCAGCAGCAUCUCGUCGCUUGUAAAUCUGUGUCCAAAGCUGAUACUGUCACCGUCCACUCUCCCCGUCAGGCUGCAGAUGAUGCAACCCUGGGCUGUGGUGGAGCUGGGACCGUGCAGACGACCUCGAAGAUCCCUCACAUCUCCAGGGUGGUGACCAUCGCCAACACUGCUGCCAUGUCCUUUUUGGCGAGGGCGGCCGAAAAGCUCAACCUGACAUUGAGGAAAAAAGGCCAGGCUUCUGAUCCAGCUCCUGCGCACUUCUCCACCUGCUUCAGGGAGAUCAUCCAGAAAAACCCACCACCCGUCCCCUCCUGCCUGCUCCAAGCUGCCACCAGAACCAAAGACUCACCCAAUGUUGGCAAGGUCAAGGUCGUGCUGAGGGUGAGCCCCACACUCUCAGGGGGCCCAGGCCAACCCCCUGUUCUCCAGAUUGACCCAUCCAGGAAAAGAGUCACCAUAAUUGAACCAGUCAGCAAAAGCCAAUCCCACACGACACUGAUACUGGGCAAGAAUGGCAGAAAUCAUCUGAAGACAUUCAACUUUGAUGCGGCCUACCCUCAAGAGUCCGACCAGGCUGAAGUGUGUGCAGGCGUCUUGGCUGACGUCAUCCGCUGUGUGCUCAGCGGCAGCGAUGGAUGCGUUCUCGGUAUGGGAUGCGCCGAUGUGGGCUCCUGGUCCAGCACGGUGGGGAGUGAUGGGAGCAUCCAGAAUCUCGGCCUCAUUCCCUGUGCCAUCUCCUGGCUGUACAGUUCCAUCGAGCGGCGGCGAGAGAAGACAUGGACGGAUCAGACCGUAUCCGUUUCUGCCAUCGAACUCUGCUGCGGCGAGGAGGACACACUGAGAGAUCUGUUGGGGGAGGUCGUUCCCCCAGUCGGCAACAUCCAGGACAGCCCAAGAGCCCGUGUUAGAGUCCAAGAAGAUCAGGUCUCCGGGAUACAACUACGUAACCACAAUCGGGUAAAGGCCCCCACUGCUGAGCGUGCAGCUUCUCUCCUGGACGCGGCCAUUGCAGCGCGUCGUCACAGUGACUUCAUUACUUACCUGUCCCACACCUCCAUCAUGUUCUUCACUCUCCAUGUCCAGCCCCCUCGGACCGAAAGCAGCACCAUAGGCAAAGGUUCACGGGGCUGCACAAAGUUGACCUUGAUAGAUGUGUGUAGCGGUAUGAGGGGUAUGAGCAAAACUAAACCUCCUCAUUUUGAACUGGGCUCUGUGGUCCUGUCUCUACUAAGUGGACAUAAAACAACCCCCAGCAAGGGUAGUAAGCUGACUAUGCUCCUCCGAGAGUCCUUGGGCCAUAUGAAUUGCCACACCACUGUGAUGGCUGAAGUUGCGGAUUCGUUGGCACACCUUCAAGAGACCUUCUCUGUCAUCCAGCUGGCUUCUCGCAUUCGCAAAACACAGAAAAGGACAAAGCAAUCCACCUCAUGCUCUCCUUGCGGGAGGAGUUUAACUCGAGAAAAGAGAGCGCCUCAGUCCUUCUCCCUGCGGGCCUUCCACUCCACUGAUGAGGUUGAUGUUGACACCCAUCCUUACCGUCUUCGUGGUGAACUAGAUGAACAUUCCAGCAGCGAGCAGUCCUGUGACACAGUCAUCCAGAUAGACUCCGAUGGCUUCAUCCACUCCAAAGCUGCCCCGAGACUGACACAACCUGAUUUUGUACCUAUCAUACCUUCUCUGAAUCCUAACAAAGCUCACUUGGAUGACCCUGAGUUUACCGCUCUCCUGCAAGAGCUUCUGAGAAUUCCUCAGCUGCGGGGAGAGAAGAAGGAGGAAACUGUACAAGGUAACAUGGAACUGCUCAAAGCAGACAUGAAGCCGCCAGAGAGGGAUUGUCUUAAAUGUGAAACAUUUGCUGAGCUUCAGGAGCGUUUGGGCUGUAUCGAUGGAAGUGAGGUGCUAUUGGAGGUGCUUAAGUCUGCUUCAAAAGGCCCUUCUGUUAAUAACGUCACAACCAAGUCACAACCCCAGAAAGAAGCAGGGAAGCAGAUGGACGCAAAAUCAUCAGAAACACCCAAGCCAUUGAAUCAGGGGCUAGGCUGCAGUCAGAACUCUGAUGGAGAACGACAAACAGAUGCAGACAGUUUUCAGAGAGAGGAUUCCGGCCUGUAUGACUGUGAGGAGUGCAGUGGAACCAGUUCCAGCGAGGAGCUUUUGAAUCAAACUCUUAGUCUGAGCAUGACCUGUUGCUCUUCUCUUCCCAACACUGGAACGCUUAAGUCAGGUGAUAAGUUUCCUGCUCAGCAAGGUAUUGCUGUCAUAAAUCCCCUUAAUCCUCAGCCUUCAGGAAAACAGGAGAGUCCUGGAAGUGCUGAAUGGUUCAAACAAGUCAAAAGGACCUCACCAGUUGGCAAAAGCUCCCCCAUAUCUCCUUCCUCUUCCUCCUCUUGCUCCUCUUCACACUCCCUGGCUACCAGUGUUAUACAUGGGGAUGUUUUACCUAAUUGUCCCACAGGAGAUGGUAGAGAAAUGAAGGCCACCAUCACAGUAACUGUUCAACAGCCACUGGACCUUAAGGGACAAGAUGAACUGGUAUUCUCAAUGGUAGAGGAGGUGACCAUAAGUGGAGCAUUGAACAGAGGGAGGACAGGUGGAAAUAUUAUUUAUAUAAGAGACGCUGCCGAGUCCCAGGCACGUGCUCAACGCUCUGCCGGCUCCCAACCAAUCAGGAUCAUUAGCAAUGUAAGUGAAGAACCUGUAACCACAGGUUCCUCCAGUACAACUGAAGGCUCUGUUGUGCAGCCUUUAGCCACAGAGGACAAGCCCCAGAAUCAAUUCAGAAGGGAAAAAGGAUUCUUGCCUUCAUUUAUUAAUCCCAUGUUGGUCAGUACAGAUUGUAUUUUGGAUGUUGGUAGUGAAAAAGGAAAUAUCCAUAAUAAUAACACAAGAGUCAAGUCAGGAUCUGAGCUUAAAAUAAAUAAUGUAAAAUCUCCAGGACAGGAGACUCUUGAAAAGAGAAGAGACGCUUUUGCCUCUGAAACACAGGUCGAACAAUCUUACAAGGUUUGUGACUCACCUUGUAGCAAACCUUUUUCAGUGCCAAUGGUGAUGGAAGAUUCAGCUUUCUGCAAUGAGACUGCUGACAACAAAAUGAUUGGAAAGAGACCAAGAAACACAGACAGGAGACACCCUAGAGACAGGGAACAUGUUUAUUCCACUAAGUCUAAAGGGUGCUCAGAGGGGGGAGAAAUCAUCUCCAAACAUGUUGGAAAUGCACCCAAGAGAAUUGGUGUUUCACCUGGUUGCCAGGAAACUGCCCAUGCUUCCUGUAAAACAGAUAGUUUGCCUAGAGGCUGGCAAGACGCCAUCCACCAGGACUGCCACAUGGCCGACCACCACAGAGACCCAAGGGGGGUGACAUCAUCCACCCCAUGUAGCCCAGGGGUAACUCUGGAGAGGAGGCAGGGCAGACAGAACUCCUCAGUGAAACACAGCCUCCAAUGCUCCUCUCCUUGGAAAUAUGGAGCAGAGUAUAAACAGGAAGCAGGUAACACCUCCAGAAAGGGUGUUGGAUCUUUGCUUGAGAACUCAAGUCUAAGAAUGAAACAUGAUGAAAUAAGUGGGAGGUUGCAGUCACCCAUUGAGAACAGCGGCAGGCUUUUCAGUGCCAAAUUGGAGCAGCUGGCUGGCAGGACAAAUUCCCUUGGGAGAGUCCCAAGAGACUUCCCAACACUGAACAGAGGCAGCAGUAACACCUCUAUGAGCUCGAAGGGGAGCUCCAAGGGAAGCAUUGAAGGGGCUUGUAAGAGAGGUAAAAAAGACAAUAAUGAGGGACAUUGUACUUUACCACGGGCUAGCAGGAGUCCCAGAAGGACUCAUCGGUCUGACGCGAGUCAUCACUUCUAUUCUGAAAACCCAGCUCCUCAAUCUGUCAAGCAUUCUCAUCACAAGCUCUCUGCUGUUGGGAAACUUAAGAUAGCUUCCCCCAAAGUCCGUCGACUGUCUGCCUCCAGCAUCAAGAACCUCAGUCUGUCCCACAAAGGCAUACGUCAGUCCACCAGUCGCAGUGCCAGUCUUUCCCCAGACAGUAAAACGGUUAGCUUUGAGCGAACAUCCUCCUUUCUCCCUUCUUCCCCUCCACAGUCUUAUCAAUCCAUCAGUCGGACUCCAAGCCAGAGCUCCACAUGUUCAUCCACAAAAUCUGUCAUCCAGGGGUUUGUCAACGGUCGGCUCUCAGACCUACCUUUAGGAGGAGUGGACGAAAUGACCAGUUUUCUCUCACCAUACAAUCAGAUGACUGCUCCCCGCACGCCUGAUCACCUGAGUGGGCAUGCGAGUGAUACCACAAGUGUGUUGAGUGGUGAUUUGCCACCAGCAAUGGGGAAGACAUCCCUGUAUUUCUCUCACAGGAAUAGUUUGGUGAGCAGUGGCUAUGACAGCAUGUUGAGGGACAGUGAAACCACCGGUAGCAGCACCUCAAACAGAGACUCCGUCAGCGACAGGAGCAGCUCUCAAGUUAGCGUGGCUCGCAGCUCCAGAUCGUCUCGAAGGAAAGGCACUACAGGAACUCACCAGCGUCGUCCUGCCCAAGAUACAGCCUCAUCCCUGAGACGCUCGGCCAGUGGUCUGCGCUCUCGCUGGGUGGAUCUAGGAAUCCCAGAGGCCUAUGAGAUCAAGGUCUAUGAGAUCGACAAUGUGCAGAGGAUGCAGAAAAGAGCAGGUGCUGGCCAACAGGGCCCGGCUCACUUCAGCGCCAAGCUCAAGUCUUUGGAGCACCGUUAGCAGAGGAGGUCAGAUGUCCGAGCCAAAUACAACAACCUGAGGGGAGAGCUGGAGCAGGUCAAACACCACCUCAUGCCGGAGCCUACAAAAUGGAACGGAGAUUUUGACCUGUGGUAGACGUUCGAGGUGGACUCCCUGGAGCACCUGGAGGCCCUCGAGGUGGUGACAGCUCGGCUGGAGAACAGAGUCCAUUGCUGAAAGGCCAAUGUCGUGAUGGUCACCUGCUUCGAUGCUGCCGCCACGACACGGCGCAAGAGACGCCAAAAAACGCCAGAGCAGAGGACCUUCAAGGGAAUCUGAGUUGAAUGGCGAGAACAGAGACACAUUUGAUGAGGCAUCUCUUUUCCUCAGACGCUUACGUAUCAUCAGUUGAUUUCUAUUCAUUUAUUUAUUAUCAUAUAACACUAAAAUCGUUGUCCCACUGACUGUCUUGUCGGUAACACACACUUUAUGU